AUGAAUAACACUGCCAGGGCUUACCCAUCUCAUCUUGCAAGUUACGAGGAUGUGGUGGCUAAUAAGGAUCUCUUCAUGAGUACGUUGAAGAAGUUACACUCUGAAAUGGGUACAAAAUUUUGGAUUCCGAAAGUAAGAUUUAGGGAUUUGGACUUGCAUAAGCUUUUUGUUGAGGUAACUUCUCGUGGUGGAAUCGAACAGAUAGUUAGAGAAGAGAAAUGGCAGGUUGUAUUUGAUACGUUUAACUUUCCCAAAUCACAACGAAACCCGAUUUUUACCAAGCACGUGCGCAGACACUACUACUCGCUACUUCAUGAUUACGAGAUCGUCUAUUUCUUCAAAGCUCGUGGCCAGUUUCCUCCAUUGAUUGGACUCGUCUAUGGAAGAAUUAGAAAUGGUUAUCUUGUUACUUUCACAAUGGGAUCAUGGAAGCUGGAAGGAGUUCUGUAUGAGUCGACAGAGAAGAGAGUUACUCAAGAUACAGAGAGACGGAGUUAUGAUGUUUUCCCCAAUACUUUGACUGAUAAAGCCAAUCCUCAAGAGCUUUUCAAAACAGGAAUCAGUCAGUGGAAUAAGAUCAACAAAAAACAGGAAAAAGAGGUCAUCGUUGAUGCUGUGACACUGCAACAAUGGCCUCCAAAGAAGAAUACUGAAGCUGAUGCUCCAAUUGAAGAUUCUGAGGAAGGCUCCUCAAGUGGUAGCUGCUCAGAAAAAGACGAGGACUACUAUUCUGACUCCGAAUUGGAAAAACGAUCUCCUUGGGAUGAGACAACGGUUAGAGACAUGAUAGAGUUUCAGAGAGGUUACUUUCAGCACAAGACAUCCCUAUAG